AUGGCUUCUCUCCCCAACACCUACGAGGGCCCUGUCGCAAUCGCUGUCAUCGGCGGAACUGGUCUGCGCGAGCUCCCCGGCUUCACCCAGGUUGCCUCACUGUCCGUCUCAACUCCCUGGGGCAACCCCUCCUCGCCCAUCACCAUCCUGCACCACGAGUGCAAGCACAAUGGCAAGGUCGUCGCCGUCGCCUUCCUGAGCCGCCACGGCGCCCACCACCAGAUCGCUCCCCAUGAGGUUCCCGCCCGCGCCAACAUCGCCGCUUUGCGCUCCAUUGGUGUCCGUAGCAUCGUUGCUUUCUCCGCUGUUGGCAGUCUCCAGGAGGAGAUCAAGCCCCGCGAUUUUGUCAUUCCUGACCAGGUCAUUGACCGCACUAAGGGUGUUCGUCCAUGGACUUUCUUCGAGGGUGGUGUUGUCGCUCACGUUCCCUUCGGUGACCCCUUCGAUGAGGGUAUCGCCAAGGUGGUUCGCGAGUGCGGACACAGCCUUGAGGGUGACGGUGUUGUCCUGCACGACCGCGGCACUCUGGUCUGCAUGGAGGGCCCUCAGUUCUCCACUCGUGCUGAGAGCAAGAUGUACCGCUCAUGGGGCGGCAGCGUGAUCAACAUGUCCGCUCUCCCUGAGGCCAAGCUCGCCCGCGAGGCUGAGAUUGCCUAUCAGAUGAUCUGCAUGUCCACCGACUACGACUGCUGGCACGACUCCGCCGACGUGACUGUCGAGAUGGUCAUGGGUAACAUGAAGUCCAACGCUGAGAACGCCCGCCGUUUUGUCACUUCUGUUCUUGACGCCCUGGCUGGCGACGAACACGCCGAGUUGGUCAACGCCAAGCACUUGGCUGGUGGUAUCAAGUUCGGUGUCAGCACUCCCCAGGCCCACUGGAGCCCGGAGGCUAAGAAGAAGCUGGACUGGCUUUUCCCUGGAUACUUCUAG